UCAGCCAAUCAGCGUUUACUUUGCAGUGAGGCGCUCCAGAAUGAUACAGACCGGAGGGGUCGGCGUCAAGUCAUGAACUUCAGUAACUUCUACAGACCCAUCGGUUAAGUGCACCUUCAGCCAUGCCUGUGAGAUCUCAGCUGCUCAGGGGUUUGCCUCAUGCCAAGGUCUUGGCCUCCAGUCUGUUACCAUGCCAACAACACCAGUCCCAGUUAGUACCCAUUACUCACAGACCUGCCUCAAGACGGUCCUCUCAUAUGUGGCAGAGCCACCAGCACUCAAGAAGUUACCAGACAACCUCAGUGCUCCGCAGCUACAUCCUAUCACCCCCGCAGGUCAACUCUAUUCUGAAAGCCAACGAGUACAGCUUCAAGGUGCCAGAGUUUGAUGGAAAGAAUGUGUCAUCAGUGAUGGGUUUCGAGAGUAAUCAGCUGCCGGCUAACGCUCCUAUAGAAGACCGUCGAAGUGCAGCCACAUGCCUGCAGACGCGAGGAAUGCUGCUGGGUGUGUUUGAUGGCCAUGCUGGCUGUGCCUGUGCACAGGCGCUGAGUGAACGGUUGUUUUACUACAUAGCUGUGUCUCUGCUGCCCCACAACACACUGUGUGAGCUCGAGGCAGCUGUGGAGGCCGGCAGGGCCCUCAGUCCCAUCCUGCAGUGGCACAAACACCCCAACGACUACUUCAGCAAGGAGGCUCAGACUCUUUACUUCAACAGCCUCCGAACCUACUGGCAGGAGUUAAUAGAUCUCACCAGCCCAGGCGAAGUUCCAGACACCCGUGAGGCCUUGUUGAAUGCUUUCAAGAGGCUGGACAAUGACAUUUCCCUGGAGGCUCAGGUGGGGGACCCGAAUGCUUUCUUGCACUACUGGGUCCUGAGAGUGGCCUUUUCUGGAGCAACGGCCUGCGUGGCUCACAUCGAUGGAUCAGAACUAUUUAUAGCCAAUUCAGGAGACGCUCGGGCAGUGUUGGGGGUGCAGGAGGCAGAUGGUUCAUUCAGCGCUCACACGCUCUCGAAUGACCACAGCGCCCAGAAUGAGGCGGAGGUGGCUCGGAUACGAAGUGAACACCCUCCAUCAGAGAGGAAGACAGUUAUACGACAGGACCGGUUGCUUGGCCUCCUCAUGCCGUUACGUGCGUUUGGGGAUGUAAAGUUCAAAUGGAGUAUUGAUCUGCAGAAGUGUGUGUUAGAGUCUGGACCUGAUCAGCUCCAUGAAAACGAGCACACCAAGUUUAUCCCUCCAAACUACCACACACCCCCCUACCUGACCGCCGAGCCUGAGAUCACGUACCACAAACUGCGGCCACAGGAUCGUUUCAUGGUGAUUGGCUCUGACGGCCUCUGGGAGACGCUGCACAGACAGGAAGUGGUUCGUAUUGUGGGGGAGUAUUUAACAGGGGUGCACCAGCGCCAGCCCCUCAAAGUCGGAGGCUACAGGGUCACCCUGGGACAGAUGCAGGAGCUGCUUGAUGAGAGAAAGGCUCGCAUGUCUUCGGCUUUCGAGGAUCAGAACUCUGCGACCCACCUGAUACGUCACGCGGUGGGAAACAACGAGUUUGGCACGGUUGACCACGAGAGGCUGUCAAAAAUGCUGUCGCUGCCUGAAGAGCUGGCUCGCAUGUACCGCGAUGACAUCACCAUCAUCAUCGCUCAGUUCAACCCUCACGUGAUUGGAGCACAGAGACAGGACGGGCAAUCCUGAGCUGUACAAAAGCCAUUCACUGGUGUUUUACUGAGGAGUACACACACUUGUGUAACGUCUACACAAAAGCACACUCUGUGGACAAACAGGCCAUAUUAAGAAAAUAUCUGUUUGAAAGAGUUGUUUUAACAUUAUUUAUGUAAAGAAUUUGUAUGUUUGUAUGCCAUACUAGAGAGGAUCCUGUUCCCCGUGAAGUUCAGAUCUUUGUUGGAUCGAAGCCUCUUAUAUAAAAUCCUAUUUAUGCUACAAAUAUCCUCUGGCAACGGUUUGACAUUCCCGGCGUGGUUGAUAAGAUGCUGUUACAAACUGAUUAUUGUGCCAAAAGAUUCAACCUCCUCGUCUGCUGAAAGACUGAAUCACUGAAAUGAUAGAGAUUCCAAAGAGGGUGAAGGUAAAGAUGCUACUGUCGAUGCAGCACUGACUGGACCUGCAUCUCUGAAAUGGACUCUAACUGGGCUGUGUCAUUCUAACACCAAUGAUAACCACAAAUCAAACAAGUUGAAUAAUAAAAUAGACAUUUCUUCAUUCAUAAGGGUCACAAGCCAAAAAGGGGGGGGGGGCGGGGGAUGUUUUCAUUUCAAAUCUAAUAUGCUGAAGCAAAGAGCAAAACUAAAUUGUACAAAUAUUUACAGACUGCACAGUCUAACAGGUUAUGUACUGAAAGGAAGACAUGCACUGCGCACCACUACAGGUAGACUUAGAAGUAAUAAUUAAGUGAAUUACUCUCCGUUUAUACAAUACAGCACCACAAGUCAGCCUGUAUGUAAGCAGACUGAGUAAAAUGAAGGUGUAUAGUUUUUUUCCCAAGCUUUGUGGGGUUCAAAGGGACGCUUGUUAAAAGUUCGUCUCGCCUAAUGUUUUUUUUUUUCUUCUUUCUGAAAAGGUCAUUAGCAGUGUGGGUAACAUGUUACAGUUUGGGUUUUUAUUAUUACUCAUGACAGCAAUGGUGAAAGCAGAAGCAUUCUGCUAAUACUCUCCAGUUAAACACUAAUGAGGGGUCGUAGCUGUGUGUUCAAGUGUAAUAGGCCCAAAUGAAUGAGCAGAAUGUAAAUUUGAAAGAAGCUGAAUAUUAAACGUUAUUCUUUCAGCUUUUGCAGAAUUGUAAAUUGUAACUUAUGUAGGUUACGUUUUGUAUAUGGAAUGGUUUAAUAAAACACUGAAUACACAUCACUUGGUGGU